CGGAUCUCAGGCUCGCCGAAUUUGUAGGCAUACAUCCUUACUCAUCUGGCCAGCCAAGUGGUGACGAGAAAAUGGGUGACUCAGCGGAAAAGCACGGGUUGCAAGACCUCACUCCCGACGGCGUUAAAGCAAUUGUUGAUAUCGUAUUCGUGCAUGGCCUUCACGGCAACAAAGAAACGACAUGGACUGCAACGACGAAGGACGGGAAGGUUCUUUGGCCUCGAGAUCUCCUUCCCCAGGACAUCAAGGAAGCGCGCAUCUUGACCUGGGGCUACGAUUCGCACAUUACGCAUUUCUGGACGAAGACUUCCCUUGGAAAUGUGGACACACAUGCCAGGAACCUGUGCGCAGACUUGAGCAGUCUGCGAGAGUACACAGACACGACCGAUCGCCCAAUCAUAUUUGUUGCGCAUUCCCUCGGAGGCAUUGUCUGCGCGAAUACCCUUGUUCUCUCUGAGAAUUCCGCGGAGCCCUACGCGAACGAGAUUGCGAGCCAUAUCAGAGGUAUCGUGUUCUUGGGAACCCCACAUGAAGGCUCCAGCAAAACGAAGUGGGCAAAAGUCGGCCAGCAAUUUGUCUCGCUGUUCAAAACCGUGAAUAAGGAGCACAUCCAAAUUCUCGAACAGAAUUCCAUCAAGCUGGGGGCGAUUGGGGGCGCAUUUGAAACAGAGUUGAGGAAGCGAAGAGAGUCUAAGGAACAACGCAGCAAGAUCGAGAUAGUCUGCUUCUUCGAAGAAAAGGAGUCCCCCUUUGGCAUCAUCGUCACGGAAGACUCAGCCCACCUCGGGAGUUACGAAACGAUGUCAAUUGCAGCUGAUCAUAGGGGAAUGGCCAAAUUUACGUCGAGAGCAGAUCCGGGGUAUACGAGAGUCCUGGGUUUUCUGAGAAGGUGGGUCGAUAGUCUGAUGGAGGAAGUGGCGAAGGCCGCGAAACCUGAAUCAGCCGUGACGAACAACAAGGCGUGGUUCAAUGGUCCAAAUUAUGGUGGCUUCAUGGUGGGCCAGAGUGACGCGCCACAAAAUCUUUACAAUCAGUAUUAUGGUCAGGGGGGACCAGGACUAGGUAACCACGGGCCAGGCGGCCUCAAGCCAGGGAACUGAGCUCAUUCCUCAUCUUCACAUCCUCCGUCAUUCGUUUCCCGAAACCUCGGCGAGGUAAUAUUUCUGCGGUACGAAUUAGCGAAGAUUUGACCAUACCAACAGACUAUGAUCUCGGUUUUUCGUUUCCAUGUCGCUCAUUGAGCUAUCUUUCACCGCUAUAAGUAGUUUGAAAGCACUCUAUGCACCUAUAUAGAGUUAGAAUGGAAGCCGC